AUGAAGACUGUUAUAAAAGAAAACAUUAGUGAAAAUUUAAACAAAUAUGAUCAUUCUAUUAAUAAGAUUGUAAAUGAAAAAGUAGAUAUAAAAAAAUUAAAAAAAAUAGAUAUAAAUGAAAAUGAAAAUGAUUUUUAUGAUUACCUUUCAAAAAACAACAUAAUAAAAGAAUGUAAAUAUAAUUUUGAUUCUAAUGAAAAUAAAAGUAUAAAUAAGGAAGAUGCUAAUAUAAUGAGAAAUGCUAUAAGCAAUGAAAAUUAUUGCAGUAUUUAUGAAACAAAUGAACAAAAAAAAAAAAUGAAUUAUAAAAAUGAAUGCAAUAUUAAUAACAAGAAAAUUUUAAAAGAAUUUGAUAUUUUUAUAGAUAAAACAAAUGCUAUAAAUAGUUUAAUAAGUUCAGCUUUUGCUGGAAUCAUAUCUCGAACAAUUACAGCACCGUUAGAUAGAGUAAAGUAUAUAAUGCAAAUAACUAAUAAUUUACCUAUUUCAGAAAUUUUUAAAAUUAUAAAAAAAGAUGGUGUGUUCUGUGGUUUUUUUAGGGGAAAUUGUGUUAACAUUGUUAAAAUAAUUCCCGAAUUGUCUAUAAAAAUGUAUUCUUAUGAAUUUAUGAAAUUGAAUGUUUAUAAUUAUUAUAACAAAACAAAUAGCUGUGUUAGUUAUGAAGAGAAUAUCAAUAUCCCUUUUUUUAUUCGUUUUUUAAUAGGAAGUUCAAGUGGUGUAAUAGCUGCCUUAUUUAUUUACCCACUUGAAAUAGUGAAAACUAGAUUAAUUGUUUCUAAUAAAAAUGAUGAUAAUGGAAUUAUUAAAUGUUUUUAUAAUAUCUAUAAAAAUGAAAGAUGUAGAAAUUUCUAUAAUGGUUUAUCAAUGCAUAUAUAUGGUGUUAUUCUUUUCUCUGGUUGUAAUAUGAGUAUAUAUGAUUAUUUAAAAUAUCUUUUUUUUUCAUUAUAUAAAAAUUAUAUUCAUUCAAAUUAUUGUCUCAAAAAUACUUGUAAAAAAAAAAAUGAAUUUUCUUUAGAUAUUAAAAAUGAAAAUUACUUUCAGACACAUAAUAAUAAUUAUAAAAAUGAUACCUUAAAAAGUGUAGGAAAUUUUGAUAAUAUAAGAAAAGAUUCAACACAAAAAUGGAAUAAUACAAAUUAUCAAAAUAAAAAAGAAGAUAUUAUGAAUAAAACAUCAUGUUCUUAUUGUAAUUAUCGUAUAAAAAAUGUGAAUUGUUUAUCUUUUUUAUUUUUCGGAAUAACAAGUUCUUUUAUAGCACAGUUAGUUAGUUAUCCUUUUUUAGUAUUAAGAACCAGAAUGCAAACUUUGAAUAAUGAAAUAGCAAGUAAUUACCUGAAUAAUGAAAGAAAAAAAAUAAAAUCAUGUAGUUUUAUUUUAUAUAACAUUAAAAAAUAUGGAUUUAAAUCUUUAUAUAGAGGUAUUUAUGUAAAUUUAUUAAAAACUAUACCAGCCACAUCUAUUACUUGGUUUUCUUACGAAUUUUCUAUGAGAAAGUUACAAAAUAAUUAA